GCGGGCCCCGCAAAUUGCAUUGACGCGGCAAAGAGCCCCGGCCCAGGGGUUUGGGGAUCCCGCACCCACCUCCCGCUCUCUCCGGCUCAGCAGCUGCAGCCCGCGGAACCCAGCCGAGCAACGCUUCCUGUUACCCUUUUUUGGAAUGGAGAUAUCUUCCCAUCAAUUUCAUCUCCUGCAGCAACUAAAUGAGCAGCGCAAGCAAGACUUAUUCUGUGACUGCUGUAUCCUGGUUGAGGGAAAGGUUUUCAAAGCACAUCGAAAUGUGCUGUUUGCCAGUAGUGGUUAUUUCAAAAUGCUCCUUUCCCAGAGCUCAAAGGAGACAAGUCAGCCAACCACAGCUACCUUCCAGGCAUUUUCUCCUGACACAUUUACAGUUAUUCUGGAUUUUGUGUAUUCUGGCAAACUCUCUCUCACUGGCCAGAAUGUCAUUGAGGUCAUGUCAGCUGCUAGUUAUCUUCAGAUGACUGAUGUUAUUAGUGUUUGUAAGACCUUCAUUAAGUCAUCACUGGACAUCAGUGAGAAGGAGAAGGAUAGAUAUUUCAGCCUGUCAGACAAAGAUGUAAAUUCCAAUGGUGUGGAACGCUCAUGCUUGUAUGGUGCUGAUUGGAGAACAGAGAACAGUCCCCCGCAUUCUCACUUAAAUCCUGAUCAAGGGACUUGUGUGAUGAGUGGAAAUGCUUGGAGCAAUUUCAGCUACUAUCCAACUUCUCAAAGAAAUGCGCAGCAGCUGGCCAAACAUGACCAAAGGCAGGAUUCCAUUAAAAAAACUAGACAUUUAGGAUUGCAACAAUCUUCUGAUAUUCCCCAUUAUAAAUCAAGCAAGCUUGAAGACCGAUCCUCAGACCCCACUAGCCACGUUUCUCAAUCUGAGGAGGAAGUCCAAAUUGACACAGAAAUUGACUCUGCCCAUGCUGGAUAUCAGUAUGGUCAGGGUUCUGAUGUGAUGCCAAGGAGCUUGGGUGUGGCACAGCAAGACCAUGAAUCACCCCAUUCUUCUAGCAAGUCAAAGUCCUCAAAAGCAGAUGAGCAAUAUGGCAAUAUGCCCUCAAUUUUAGGUGUAAUGGGGAGCUGGGCUGAAGAUGAUCUGCCCAGGAUGAGAUUCAAGUGCCCAUUCUGCACUCAUGUGGUGAAGCGAAAAGCAGACCUAAAGCGCCACCUUCGUUGCCAUACAGGAGAACGACCUUAUCCAUGUGAGGCAUGUGGAAAAAGAUUUAGCAGGCUAGACCACCUAAGUAGCCAUUUUCGAACAAUUCAUCAGGCCUGUAAGCCAAUCUGCAGAAAGUGUAAGCGCCAUGUGACUGAGCUGACGGGACAAGUGGUGCAAGAGGGGACAAGACGUUACAGACUCUGUAAUGAGUGUCUGGCUGAAGCUGGUAUAGACAGCAUCCGCAUUGACUUGGAGGCUGAACCACAGCUUGAAUUUCCACAAGAAGGGGAUAAAGAUUCCAGGUGGCACUACAGUGAAGACAACAGAUCUGAUGUGGAGAUUGUGGAGGAUGGGUCUACUGACUUGGUCAUCCAACAGGUUGAUGAUAGUGAAGAUGAAGCAGAACAGGAAGUAAAGCCAAAUAUUAGGUAGUUGUGAGUGAACUGAGAAUUAGUAAAUCUCCCCUCUUACAUUGACUUCCAGUGUCUUGACCAUUAGCCCCCAACCAGCCUGUUAAUAUACAAAGAUCUACUAUAUUGGCUUCUUAUGAACUUGUCUAAACUUGCAUGCAUUUAUGGACAUGCCAUUGGGUCCAUUUUGAAUUUUGUUACUCAAAAGUAUCAAUAUUUUGCUUCAUUAGAAAGAAUCCAUCCUGAGAUGGAAUAAUGGAUGAACAAUGAAACUGAACUACUACGAUAACUGUAUAGCAGACAGUGGUUCUCUUCUCAAACCUUUUUCAUUGUGUAUGGGGGGGGUAAAAACACUUUAAAACUUCACUGUAAAUUACCCUAUUUUAAACUUUUAUAGGUGGUGGGUGCGGGAGAGCGGAGUUUAUAUCCAGUAUCACCUGGUGACAGCUAAAUAUAACAAGGUAGCCCAGUAUAGAACAUAAACAAAAUUUUCUUUAAAAUACAGAAAUGAGGGUGCCCUUCCAUGGAAUUUAAUAAUUUCUUGAUAUCAAGUUUAGAGAAGCCAGGAAAAGUUUUCAGAAAUAUUGUAUAUAAAAUGUUUUAGAUGUGAUAGCACAUAUCUGGAAAAGCACUUUUUUGUAAAACUUCUUCUAAUAAGGAAAAAAAAAACCAGUAGCAGACCAUUCAUUCAGGAAAACUUUUCCCCAGAAAAUAAACAAAUGGAUAUAACUUCUAGUCAAUGCAUCACAAAUCAAGUGAUAUCUGAGAUAAAUCAUUAAUUGAUACCGCUAAAUGUCUUAUUCACUCUGAAAAUCAGGAAUACUCAUUCUUCCCGUCAAAAUACACUGUCUUUUGUUAACUACCGAAGGAAAGCAAUUUUUUAAAGUAAUGAAUUUUUGUACUUCUCAAAAGUGCCAAACUGAGAAUUGUAUGUAGUGUAGCUGUAGCUGUGUCAGUCCCAGGAUAUUUAGAGAGACAAGG